AUUGGAAUGUCAUGUGCACAUCGCCGCAUCGUGAUUACCCGCGCUUCGCAUUUGGUGCCCUCCUAAACUCUGAUUUUGUGCAAAAAUUCCAGAAGUGAGUUGGAGCGGCAUAUUUUGAAUUGUUCCGCUUUCUGGUUGUGGUGUAGCGAGACUAGAAACCACCAGCAAAAUGGCCCAAAACGCAGAUAUUAUCAAGCAGGCAAUAUUUGAGGAGCUGCAGAAAAUUCUUAAUCCCGAUGGAGACAUCCGAAGGCAAGCCGAGGAAAGAAUGGCCCAGCUAAAAUACACCGAAGGGUAUGGUGUCUAUUUGGCGGAAAUAACGAUCAAUCAGAAUCUGGAGCUGGCCCUGAGGCAGCUUGCCUCUGUAAUGUUGAAGCAGUAUGUGGAAGAUUGCUGGGCGAAUGAUAGCGAGGACGGUCAGUCGUCUAAUGGAACGCUGCUAGUGAACAAUGAAGCGAAGACUGCCAUCAAGACCAUUCUACCACAGGGACUGUACGAUCCAAAUAGCAAGAUUCGUAGCGUUGUAGCAUAUUCAAUAUCAAACAUUGCUUCAUACGAUUGGCCAAAUGACUGGCAAGAGCUGUUUGAUAUUAUUGUCAAAUGCCUCGGGGGAAAUGAAAACUCCGUUCACGGUGCCAUGAAGGUGCUGGUCGAGUUCACAUUGGACUUGGACAAACAAAUCGUGGAAGUUGGCCCAAUGAUUAUGUCCGAAGUGUAUCGUAUAUUCGAGGCACAGGAUGUGUACAGCGUUUCAACCAGGAGCUACGCAGUCAAGAUUCUCUACUCACUAUUACGCAGCAUCAACAAUCACGUUGACUCCAAGCAGGAACAGGUCAACAUUCUAAAUCCUACACUGCCUGCGUUCAUGCUGAAAAUGAUAGAAGGGCUCACCGUACCCAAUGGACCGCACAGCAGUUUUCAAUUGAAAACGCAAAUUGUAAAAGUGCUCCAAUUCAUGAUUUCGGACUUGCCGAAGUUCGCCAACCAGUAUUUAGCAUCGAUUCUCCCUCCAAUUUGGCAACUUCUUACCCAAAUGGCUGAUAUCUACAUCAAAGUCAUCGUAAAUGCAACUGAAGAGAAUCCGUUUGUCAGCAAUUCAGAAAGCGACGAAAGUGAAGAUUUCACUGCCAUGAUUCUGCAAACAUUCGAAUUCUUACAUACCCUCAUCGAAAUGAAGAAAUACAAAGGAGCCGUCACGAACGUACUAACAGAUUUGAUCUACAUCAUCAUACUGUACAUGCAAAUGACGGAAGAACAAGUGCAAAGCUGGCACGAUGAUCCGGAGAAGUUUGUCGAAGACGAAGACGAGCAGGGAAUCGAUUUCACCAUCCGAACCACUGUUACCGAUGUGUUGCUCAUCAUCGGCCAGGAAUACGAACAGAAGCUGUUGCCCUGUCUAACGGAUGCCUUGGGUAAGCACAUCGUCGUGGCUGAUGCCGAUCGAAAUAGUGGCAACCCCCAUUGGUGGAAAGUGUACGAGGCCACUAUGUUGGCCGUAGGUUCUUUCAAAGAUUUGAUCGUCGAUAGCGAAGGCAAAUUUGAUUUGGCGCAGUACAUGAACUUGGUAAAGAACACAAUGGAGUAUCAGGUAUCGCCAUAUCUUCUCGGACGCUGCUUGUGGAUUUUCAGUCGGUACUGUGACUGUAAUGUCUACGAUCAGGCAACUCUGCAGCAGGUGAUCGACAUAACCAUCAACAGUAUGUCAGCUGAUAAGCAAGUUGUGCUUAAAAUUACAGCCGCCAGAGCAAUUUAUGGUUUCUGUACGAAUCUACGAGAAUGUAAUGAUGAGCGCAAGAGCUUUCUUGUACCAAAACUGGAGCAAUUUUUCGAAUGCCUAAUGCCUCUAUUCAGUCAGUCGCAGAAUACAGUGCAAGGACUUCUGCUGGAAACCUUGACCUCAAUAAUUUCGUAUGACACCAAUGUUACGGCAUCCAUUUCCAGCAAGGUUGUGUCUCUCGCAAUUGCCAUGUUCCUCAAAUACCACGACGAUCGCUUCAUUCUUGAAAUAGUGCAGGACAUUCUUAAGAUCCUUUCGCAAAAUCCUUACUGCUUGAUGCCAUUGCAGGAGAAAAUAAUUCCGACCAUCAUCAGUAUCCUCAAUUCAGACGGAGCUCAAAAGUCCACCAUGCAGGACAUAGCCCUGGACAUUCUGUGCACGGUGGUCAAAUAUUCUCGAGGUCCUCUUUCCGCUAUCAUGGUGGAAAGUGCGUUCCCGGCCGCGGUCCACUGUAUUUUACAAACCGAAGACCACUCCGUUAUGCAAUCGGGAGGGGAAUGUUUAAGGGCGUUCCUCGCGGUCGAUCCUGAGCAGAUUUGUGGCUAUAAAAAUGGCGAAGGACUGAACUACAUCAUGCAAGUUGCAACGAUGCUCUUGAAUCCGAUGAACACCGAAUCGACGGCUGCAUUCAUUGGUCGUCUAGUGACAACCAUCAUCACAAAAGUGGGCAAUUUGCUUGGCGAAAAUGUGGAUCUGCUGCUUAAAGCUGUUAUCAGUAAAAUGCAACUAGUAGAAGCGUUGAACGUGAUUAUGAGCCUGGUGAUGAUCUUCGCCCAUCUUAUACUGGUUCAAUUGGACGCAGUUCUAAACUUCCUAAGUACCGUUCCUGGACCGACUGGAGAACCCGCAAUGACCUUCGUUUUUGUAAACUGGCUGAGCCGGCAGCACAUGUUCUAUGGUUCGUAUGAGCGAAAGGUCAGCACGAUGGCGUUAUGCAAACUGUUUGAAUACGGUGUCACAACUAAGGAUGAACGGUUGAACUCCGUCAUGAUCAAAGAACCGGUUAUCAAUCCUCAACAAGGCAGAAAAACGCGUUCAGCUGCCGCCAAGACACAACAGGAGUGGGUUGAUGUUCCGAUUCUGCUUAAAAUCUUCAAGCUACUUGUAAACGAAUUGUCCAAUCUGAAAGAGGCGAAAGAAGCUCUUGAGCUAAAUGACAAGGAUGAUUCAGAUGAUUCAGGCAGCGAAUCAGAUGAAGGAAAACCAAUUAACUUGUCAGCUGCAAUGCUGCUGGAUGACGAGGAAGAAGACGAUGACGAUCAGCAGAUGAUGCAGGAGUUAAUGCAAAACCCAAUGUUCCAGUGCGACAUGCAGGAGUAUCUGGUGAAAUUCGUACAAAGCUUCAGCCGAGACGAACAUUUCCGAGUAUUUUUGGAAAAACUGGAUGAUUCUGAAAAGUUAAUCUUGACCGGAUUUGGAAUCAACGUUUCGUAAAGCUUGGUUGGUAUUAAAUCGAUUAUGUUCGUCAAACGAGAUUUAUAAUGAUAGCGGCCAAGCACAUAGUGCGGGUUCGCUUUAUUAACCAGUGUACACUCAUAUGUUAAGUUUAAUAAAAUAUUAAUAGAAAACAUCUUUGAAAAA